GGGGGGGGGGUAGGGCCGGUUGCUAUGGUAACGCGGCGAGGCCGGGGCCAUGGGGGAGCCGCUGGACCGGCGAGGCCCCGAGAACACGUACAGCCUGCGGCCGGCCUUCCAGCACAAAUUCCGAUCUUCUGCAGUAAAAGAGUGCAUCCAUGCGAUACUGAAAGAGAAUCUAGCCAAUGUGCAAUACAACCCAGAGGAAACACCAGAGCUCACACGGUCCUUAUCAGAGACAAUUAAAGAUAGACUGAAAGCAGAGGGAUUUCACCGAUAUAAAAUGGUGGUGCAGGUUGUGAUUGGAGAACAGAGAGGUGAAGGAGUGAACAUGGCUGCACGAUGUUUCUGGGAUGCUGACACUGACAACUAUGCACAGGAUGUUUUUAUGAAUGACAGUCUGUUCUGCGUGGUAGCUGCAUUUGGCUGUUUCUACUACUGAUGCCAGUGAAGACCGUAGAAAGGAACUACAGUAAUUUAGAGAGGAUUUUUAGUUUGGUUGGUUUUCUUCAAUAAUUUGUACUCAUGUUUUCUCAAAGUAGCAGACUUACAAUUGUACAAAGCAUGCUCACUGUAUCUGUAUAAUACACUGAUGUGUCCACAACUUCCUCUUCUUCCCUGCUUGUAUAAAUAUAGCUUUAUAGCAUAUUGUUUUUCUUUUGUCCUUUUAAUCAUCCUUCCUGCUUUGUGCAAAAUGGAUUAAUUAACUCCUAGGAGCCAGAUAUAGUGCCUGAAAAGGACUAGAUUGCUUUUAUUAGUAGUGACUUGUUUCCAUAAUGUAAUAAAUAUUUAUGCGCAAUGUAAUAUAAUAAAUACAAAUGUAUAUUAUA